GCCUAUAGACUCUCCCGUAGCCCGUAGCCCGUAGCCCGCGUUCGAGCGAGCACUCCUUUUCCGGAGCGGAGCAUCGGCGAGACGAGUUGUAUAUUUCCCACUGGCUCGCUCGCUCGCUCGUCACCUUGACCACCUCGCCGCUCCCAGUCCCAGGCCAGGUCCUCCGCCCGCCCGCCCGCUCCAUACCUUUGUCCAGUUACCAUCGUCGUCAUCAUCCCGCUCCCUCUACUCUCCUCGGUGCUACGGCCUUCCCGGGCUGUCCACUGACCGUGAGGGGCUGAGAGGGACGCUCCAACGCACGCCGACAGGGACCGGGAGACGAGGAGGACUAGCAAACCAAGCACCACCGACUUGAGCAAGACAACCAGCGCCCUCGCUCAAUUGCUUGCUGCUCCCUCCAGCUUGCGCCCUCGGCCGCGGCCGUCCUGGUUCCCUCCGGUGACUGACCCGGUCAAGGAGCCCCAGCCAGGGGUCGCCGGCCGCCUGCCAUCCCGGACCGGAGCACAGCGCCGGCGAAAGAGACAAAUGGGGGCCGGGACUAGGCCGUCCGCGGCGGCGGCGUCCCUGCUCGCCGUAGCCGCCUGCUGCGCGGCGCUCCUCGUCGCGGCCGCGCCGCCGCAGCAGCAGCACAAGCACGUCAGGAUCUCAGGGAAUGCCGGCGACGUGCUGGAGGACGACCCGGUGGGGAAGCUCAAGGUGUUCGUCUACGAGAUGCCGAGGAAGUACAACCAUUACCUGCUCGAGAAGGACAACCGGUGCCUCUACCACAUGUUUGCGGCGGAGAUCUUCAUGCACCAGUUCCUGCUGGCGAGCGCGGUGCGGACCAUGAACCCGGAGGAGGCCGACUGGUUCUACACCCCGGUGUACGUGACCUGCGACCUGACGCAGCAAGGGUUCCCGUUGCCGUUCCGGGCUCCCCGGAUCAUGCGGAGCGCCAUACAGUACAUCGCGGCGACAUGGCCUUACUGGAACCGGACGGAGGGGGCAGACCACUUCUUCCUUGCUCCCCAUGAUUUUGGGGCGUGCUUCCACUAUCAGGAGGAGAGAGCUAUUGAGAGGGGGAUCCUCCCGCUUCUCCGGCGCGCGACCCUGGUGCAGACGUUUGGGCAGAGGAACCAUGUGUGCAUGCAGGAAGGGUCCAUAACCAUUCCUCCCUAUGCCAACCCCCAGAAGAUGCAGGCUCACCUCAUCUCCCCCGGCACUCCCCGGUCCAUCUUCGCCUACUUCCGCGGCCUCUUCUACGACAUGGGCAACGACCCCGAGGGCGGCUACUACGCCAGGGGCGCGCGGGCGUCGGUGUGGGAGAACUUCAAGGACAACCCGCUGUUCGACAUGUCGUCGGAGCACCCGUCGACGUACUACGAGGACAUGCAGCGGGCCAUCUUCUGCCUGUGCCCGCUGGGGUGGGCGCCGUGGAGCCCGCGGCUGGUGGAGGCGGUGGUGUUCGGGUGCAUCCCGGUGAUCAUCGCGGACGACAUCGUGCUGCCCUUCGCGGACGCCAUACCAUGGGAGCAGAUCAGCGUGUUCGUGGCCGAGGCGGACGUGCCGCGGCUCGACUCCAUCCUGGCGUCCGUGGCCCCCGAGGACGUGCUCCGGAAGCAGCGCCUGCUGGCCAGCCCGGCCAUGAAGCAGGCCGUGCUCUUCCACCAGCCGGCCAGGCCCGGCGACGCCUUCGACCAGGUGCUCAACGGGCUCGCCCGCAAGCUGCCGCACCCGGACGGCGCCUUCCUCAAGCCCGGCCAGAAGGUGCUCGACUGGAACGCCGGACUCGACAGCGACCUCAAGCCGUGGUAGCCGUGUGUGUAGAUCGUCGGAGCGCUUUGCAUAGUCUCGUGUACAUUUUUGUUCUUCGGAAGACCUCACGCCCUGUUCCUUUUUCUUCUUCCGUUUCGUUAUUUCGUUUGUUCUUCUUUUUUCCACGGCCACUUUUGCGUGUAUGCAGCAGCAGCAGCAGCAGCGAUAGAGAUUUGAUGAGAA